AUGCCUCACUUCUUCGAAUACUCCGACGCCUUUACCAAACUUGGGGUGUUCACCGCUUCCUUCUCGAAUUUCUUUUUGAUCUACCUCACUAUCUACCAUAUAAAACAAAUCGGUGGUACUUACAAGUACAUGGUCCUUAUCUUCGCCGUAACCGGUGUCGCAUUUUCGAGUUGGGAACUUAUCGCCCGCCCGUUUACUCAUAACUACAACCGGGCGUUUAUCCUUUUUAGUUUGAAUACCUGGAUGGAAAAUUCCGAAUUCUUUUUACAAGUCUCCGUGUCGAUUUACGCGGGAUUCUACCUUUUUAUUCUCGCAUUCUUCGCCGAGCAAUUCAUAUUUCGCUAUUUGAGUCUAGUCGACCCUCACAAAACAAAUAUAUUUGGAGGUUGGGGUGUUAUCGGGUGGAUUGGGUAUCCGCUGGUUUGUGGUGCUAUUUAUAGUGUGUUGUUGAUGUGGGCUGGAAAUCCAGAUGAGUAUUCCGAUGAGUAUUUAAGGGAAACAUUCGCUGAAAUUUAUGAACUGGAUAUUUCAAUAACGCCAAGAUUUAUUUUUGUUCCUUAUGCCGCCGAUAACUCUCUCCGAUGGCGUAAUCUCAGUUUUAUGCUUGGCGGUGGCUUCCUCCUCAGCUCUCAAUAUUUCAUCAUAAUUAUCUGUGGAGCGCGAAUGCAUAUCGCAAUGAGACGGGAAUUGGGAAACUUCUCCGUUCCAAAUCGACGCCUUCAGAAGCAAUUUUUUCGAGCUCUCAUCGUACAAACUCUGGUGCCAACUUGUCUAUUCGUUCUGCCAGCUCUGCCAAUCCUUCUCGGACCAUUAUUCGAUUUCGAGUGGAAUGUGCAGACGGGAGGGAUUAUGGCGCUGCUCAGUGUCUAUCCUCCAAUCGACGCAUUUGUGUUUAUGGUCAUUGUAGCAGAGUAUAGAAGAGUAAUUUGUAGAGCUUUCUGCAAGACAAAAACUGUGUCUAUGAAGUCAACGGAAGUAUUUAUUAUUUAA